UUAGAUACGGAGUGAGGGACCAGGGACAGGUCUUGACUUACAAAUUAAGGGAUUUGAUUUUGGGCCUACCACAAAGAUUGCAAUAGAAGGGGUCAACUCAUCUCGAUCUGUGGACUUUUCCAUUGUGUGGGCUAUCACGGCAGAUGAGUCCCAACACCCAACUAUAAAAGAACAUCAAAGGCAGCAAGCUUUCUCAUCCAAGAUUUGCCAUUAUGCCCUGAAAAUGAGAGCAGAGCCUUGCUGCAGUUCAAGCAUAAUUUUGUCAUCGACAAGUCUGCUUCUUUUGACACUUCUGCUUACCCAAAACUUGAAUCAUGGCAGCUACUUGAUGGAAAGAGCAACGGUUGCUGCUCAUGGGAUGGCGUCGAGUGUGACCACGACACCGGUCAUGUGAUCGGUCUCGACCUCAGUAGUAGCUUUCUCUACGGUUCUAUUAACUCCAACAGCAGCCUAUUUGCCCUUGUCCACCUUCGUAGCCUAAACCUUGCCGAUAAUAGGUUUAAUUUCUCUGAAAUACCGUCCAGAAUUGGAAAUCUUUCGGGGCUAACAAGUCUCAAUCUAUCCAACUCUGAAUUUUUUGGUCAGAUUCCUUCAGAAAUCUCAUCUCUUUCCAAAUUGGUUAUCCUGGAUCUUUCACUUAAAAUGGAUUGGUAUUCUGAAAGUCUUUUGAAACUUGAAAAACCCAGUCUAAGAGACCUAGUUCAAAAUCUAACCUACCUGAAAGUUCUUGACCUUUCUAUGGUGAACAUAUCUUCUUCAGUGCCAAGUGUCAUGUCAAAUAUAUCCUCUUUGACAACUCUUUAUCUUGUAAGUUGUUCAUUGUAUGGUGAAUUUCCAAUGGACAUUUUUCAUCUACCAAAAUUGCAGAUUCUUGAGGCAGCUUCGAACGAAAAUCUCAACGGCUCUCUACCUGAAUUUCAAAGUAGCAGUCGCCUUAAGGCAUUGAGUAUCUGGGGCACGGGCUUGUACGGUAAGCUCCCAGAUUCAAUUGGUAUACUUGAAUCCUUACUUAAUUUGGGUUUGAGUCGAACUAGUUUAUCUGGGACGCUUCCAUCUUCUUUGGGCAAUCUAACUCGGCUCACUGACCUGUCCCUUUAUGCGUGCAAGUUUAGUGGCCAGAUUCCUUCGUCGUUGGCAAACCUAUCACAACUAACUAAGUUUCAAAUAGGCAACAACGACUUUGACGCAGGACCACUUCCUUUACCGCCAGGGAAGCUACUCAAACUCACUUGUAUGCACCCAGAAUGAAUUUACAAGGUGAGAUCCCACUGUCGCUUGCAAACCUGACCCAACUUUCAUAUUUAUUCAUUAGCGAAAACAACCUGGUCGGUAAAAUUCCAUCUUGGUUCAUGAACCUCACCCAAUUAACAUUUCUAGAACUUGCAGUGAAUCACUUUCAUGGCACAAUUCCUAGAUCAAUCACUCAACUCAAGCGUCUUGAUUAUUUGAGUCUUUAUUCUAACAGCUUCACUGGUAUAGUGGAGCUAGACAUGUUUAUGAAACUCCCAUACCUGGUCUCAUUGCUAUUAGAGGACAACGAUCUAACAGUGCUCGACAAAAAUAGUACCAAUGGUACUCAUCCAAAGCUUGAAAUUCUAGGAUUGGGGUCAUGCAACUUAGUCGAGUUCCCUGGCAUUCUACGAUUUCAAGAUAAAUUGCAGAUGUUAAUUCUUAACAAUAAUAAAUUUCAAGGCAAAAUACCAACAUGGGUUUGGAACUCGAGUAAAGAAACAAUGGAAAUUGUCGACCUUCACCAGAACUUUCUAACAGGCUUUGACCAGCAGCCGGCUAUUGUCCCAUGGCCUUUUCUAAAAUAUUUUGACUUCAAGUCUAACAAGUUUCAAGGAUUGCUUCCUAUUCCACCACCAAGCAUUGUUAUUUAUGAUGCUCACGAUAAUGCAUUGACGGGAGCAAUUCCACAGUCAAUAUGCCACAAGAAUUCUCUCCGUCUGCUUGAUUUGUCCAACAACAAUUUAAAUGGCACAAUACCUCCAUGUUUGGUCAGUUCCAACGAGGAUCUUCUCAUGUUGAAUCUAAGUUACAAUAGUUUCCACGGAAAUAUUCCUUCAACAUUCACAGUGAAUAGCCAAUUGGUGAUGAUUGAUUUAGGUCAAAAUCAGCUAAAGGGGCCGGUGCCGAAAUCAUUGGCAAAUUGCGUAAUGCUGGAGUGUCUCAUUCUUCAGAAUAAUCAGAUUGAAGAUACUUUCCCCUCUUGGUUGGGAGCUCUUCCUAAGUUAGAGCUUCUUUUUCUAGGAUCAAACAAAUUCCAUGGCAAUAUUGGGAAUCCCAAAAACAAUUCUACGUUUCCAAAGUUGCGGAUAGUUGACCUCUCUGGCAAUUGCUUUUCAGGCAAUUUACCAACAGAUUACAUCCGUAACUGGAAUGAAAUGAAAAUGAUCAACAAAGGAAAGUUGACAUAUAUGCAUGCAAUUCCAAUUGUUCAAUAUAAGACACUUGCCGGUCCAACAACUCAUGAGGCACAAUUCUGGCAGUGGAGUAUAACUUAUGAGUUCUCAAUGAAAGUGGUCAACAAAGGGACAAAAAGGAUAUAUGAGAGGAUUCAAAGUGCCUUGGUGGUGGUUGAUCUAUCAAGCAACACAUUCGUUGGGGAAAUUCCAGAAUCCUUUGGAAGUCUCAGUGGGCUUCAAUCUCUAAACAUUUCCAACAACAAACUUACUGGCACUAUCCCAGCAUCGUUGGCGAAAUUGACAGAAUUGGAGUCGUUGGACCUAGCCCAAAACCUGCUCUCUGGACAGAUCCCCGGGGAAUUGACCCAACUCACUUUCCUAUCAUUCUUAAAUGUUUCUCAUAAUCGACUCACUGGCCCUGUACCUCAAGGGAAACAAUUUGAUACAUUCGAAAAUAGUUCAUAUGAUGGAAAUUUGGGAUUGUGUGGUGUCCCAUUGUCGAAGUCAUGCAAAAAUUCAAUGACCGCUCCGCCUCUAUUUCGAGGUCACGAUCUUGAGUUUUCGAGAGGUACUUAUUUGAUGGUCAUAGCCUUGGGAUAUGGAAGUGGGCUAGUUGUUGGGCUGGUUGUUGGGAUAACUCUGACGAGGAGGUAUCACGAAUGGUUUGUCGAGACCUUUGGGAGGGGAAAGAAGAUUCAGAAGAAGCAGAAAAGGAAGGGCCGAAGAACCUAAUUGUUGGCAAUGAAGUUAUGGGUUCUUUCUUCAGUACUUACUUUUGUGCUUGUUCUCCCAUCUUGGCUAGAAGUUCUGUCCAUAAAAGGGCCAGGUGUUGAGGAUAUGCAGGUUUUAGCAGUGAAUAGUUGCAGUAUUGUAAGCUUUCUAAGAGAGACCUUCCUGGAGCUUUGUUCUUGCUUGCUUUUGUCUUUCUAUUACUCAUGGUCUUGUCAUGUAUCGCUUAUGUACGAUUUGCAUAUGUAGUAUCUGUUCUUAGAUGAUUAGUAUGGACUGUUGUACUAGGAACUCUCCACCUGUUUUUAUUGCAAAAGACAGUGAAAUGCCAAUAUCCUGAAAAGCUUCUGCAA